AUGGACCAAGAUCGCUUCAAGCUUAUUUUCUUUGCACCGCUAACUCAUGUGGAGGCUUGCAAAGACGCCGUAUUCGACGCAGGCGCUGGUCAAUACCCACAAGGGAAAUAUACCAAGGUCUGCUUCCAAUCCCCGGGUACCGGCCAAUUCCUCCCUGGGGGGGAUGCAAAUCCGACCAUCGGUAAAGUCGGUUCCCUGGAGUUUGUUGAAGAAAUGCGCGUGGAAGUCUUGUGCAUGGGUCGAGCUACGAUGCAGGAAGCUGUAAAAGCGCUGGUCAAGGCACAUCCCUACGAAGAGCCCGGUUACGAGGUUUACAAGCUUGAGAACAUUUCGGUUGAAGAAUAA